CUUAUAAGACGUUUGCUAAUCGAGUGAGUAAUUUGAAGAAAAAGCUUGAUCAACUAAAGGCAACUCUUCCUGAUCCAGAGGCGUCUCCCGUACCAUCACCAGCCAUGGAUGCUCCUUCGCCCACCGGCUCGGAGUCUCCAUUUCAAGGAAUGGGAGAUGUGAGCCCAUUGUCACCAGAAGUUGAGCCGGUGCAGUCUGAUUCACCUGAGCCUCCAAAGGACAAUCGUAUUGUGGAGGACAUGGAGUUGUCUGAUGUGGAUGCUGAUGAAGAAAUGCCUGAGAUAAUUGUCGAAGAAAGAAAUGAUCAUUCACAAUCUCCAGCAUCAACUUUGAAGGACACAGUUGGCUCUCCUGCAACCACUCAGCAGAGUGAGGCCAUAGCUACAACUCCUGUCGUUACUUUGUCCCCAUCCCCUUCACCCGUCGCCAGCAGUGCACCAACACAAGUCCUCUCCUCGGCUGUGACAGUUGCAACAUCUGCUCCAGUAUCAACGGCUUUUGCUAAAACAGUAACCGCUCCUGUCAUUUCCCCGUCAAUGCCCCUUGCAUUGCCACACUUGCCCAAUGUAGACUUGGGAAAAAUCAGUUCCAUCCUAAGUAGCUUAACUUCUGUCAUGAAGACAUCAGGUGUAAGUCCGGCAACCAAGCCUUCCCCUGGUACCCCAACAACACCAACAUCUAAUUUGGGUCCAGCUGCAAAGCCACCUGCACAGGGUGCACCAAACCCUUUGGCAAAUAUACUUUCCAAAGUGGAGAUCACUCCUGAAAGCAUUCUUUCUGCUUUGUCUAAAACACAGGUUUCCACCACCCCAAAUUUGCAAGGUCUUUCUUCUCUGAUUCAAAGUGUUGCUCUACACAGUGGCUCAACAACCAUCACUACUUCAACGGCACCCCUGAAUACGGCUGUUCAAACUGUCAAAGAUAAAAAUACCCCAUCUGUAACACCACCUUUUCUUCCUAAAACGUAUGGUUUUUCUCCCACGAACACAAAUGCUGAUGUUUCAUCCACAUCUGUGUGUAAGCCAAACGUCCCACCUAGCUCAAAUGUGAAACCACCAGCAUCCAUUGUAUUUCCAUCUCAGCCUCCCGUGACAGACGAGAAGAUCAGUAGCCAGCCUUCAGAGAUACGAAAAGCCCCUGAGGAAGUGGAGUCUUCAAGUCUUGAAAUGAAGAUCCAUAAUUUCUUGAAAGGGAAUCCAGGUUUUAGCGGGCUAGAUUUGAAUAUUCCUAUUCUCAGUGGUUUAGGGUCCACCGUUGUUCCAGAACCCUCCUCAGACUAUCACAGUGGACCCUCAAGCACCUCGCUGGAUAAUGUAGAUGGAACUCCUGUCCGUGAUGAAAGAAGUGGAACGCCCACCCAGGAUGAGAUUAUGGACAAGCCGACUGCCAGCAGUGUUGAUAGCAUCUCUUUGUUAUCGAAGAUAAUAAGCCCUGGCUCUUCUACCCCCAGCAGCACAAGGUCCCCUUUGUUAACUAAAGACACGGAAUUUCAGAAACAUCAGCCUUACAGGUCUUAUGGUAUUGGUGGAAAUUCGCCAAAUGCUUACCGACAGACAUCUGACGCUAUGGAAAAACUUUCAGAAGUCGACUCGACAUUGGAGAAGUUUUUUACAGACACAUCAUUUCACGAAGAUGAAGACUACCGGGACUUUGAAUUUGCUGGGCCACCAUCUUCUUCUGGUGUGAAUGUAGAUAAAAGACCAUCAAAAUCUAUCCUGAAAUCAGACAUGCAUUUAGAUUCAAUGGAAUAUCCACCAUCCCAGAAUUUCAACCAGACACAAGAUUUUAGACAGAGCUUUCCUCACUCUAUGCAACCUUCUUUUAACACUGGGGAGAAGGGCAGCUCAUUAUCUCCAUCCUCUGAUAGAUACGGCGGCUAUAAUAUAAGAGGAAAUAACCUUGAGACCAGCUCCUCACCAUCCCCUCUAAAAGAUGAUCCCUUUUACCCAUCUGACAGUAACCAUAAUGUACCAAUGCUUCACUCAGUCAUGGGGCAGUCGCAGUAUCCAGAAUCUGCUCAUGCUCCUCAGAAUAGACAGUCAAAUUUUCACCCCAAUAAUAACCCUCCUCCACGAACAAUUAGCGCCGAGCAAUCGUCUUCCACUCUUUCAGAAUCCACAGCAAUGGAAUUUAAAAAUAUGCUAAAGAACGCCUCCCGCAGGCCAUCUGAAGAAAAUAAGUUUGGACAGGCAAGCUUUAACGAAGACGUUCAUAUGUCUGGUCGGAGCCAUACUGGAGGAACGUCCGAAGACCGAUCGGAAGAGCAGUAUCGCAUAGAAACUAGAGUUUCAUCAUCAUGCGUUGACUUGCCAGAUAGUACUAAAGAAAAAGGCGCUCCUAUUGAAACCUUGGGGUAUCACAAUAUGGGAAACAUGAGGUACCCUGGGGAGCCAAUUAAAACUGUAGAAUCUAUGAGGAUUGGCAUGAAAGCUGGCAGGCCACAUGGGAUUGAUGGGAACAGAAGUGGUUGGUUUGAGAUGGGUAGUACAGGGAGUUCUUUUGAUGAUGGUCCUCCAAGUGCUGACGAACAGCCUCCUGUAGGUGGCAGCACUGGGUAUAAAACACAGUACGAGGAGCACUUACCAAGGUUUCAGGACUCUGUCGGUGACUUUAGGGCAAAAAAUCUUCCGCCUUUUGAUCAUCUCUUGCCGCCACCCCCACCGUCCAUGGUUUCUCCAUUGGAUCGGGGUGGACCGUUUCAAAUGGAGCAAACGAUGCCCCCUAGUGGCCCCCCACCUGGCUUGCCACCUGAUCAUGGAACCAUGUUUUCCAGAGACAUUUCUGUCUCUUCACGGCUGCAAUCUGUGGAACCAUCAAAAACAUUGCCUCAUGUUCCUCACCCUCCCCCCCCAGAACAUGGCUGGAAAUCCUUUCCCUAUUCAUCACUCAACAGAACAUGGCGGCAUUCCGUUCUCACCACCUCCUAUACACAAUCCGUUCCCACAGGACCAUAACGCAAUCCAUCAAGGGGCGAUGGAGCCUUUCCCCAUGCAUCCUAUGUCUGCGCGAGAUCAUGAAUCCUUAUCUCGUGAAAAUAGUCAACACAAUCAGCCUCUGGGCAGGAUGAAUGAACCAUUGGGUCCUAUGCCUAGAGACCACCAUGGAGGUUAUAGCGGUCCUCCA